GACUAGUUUUUAAGAAUGUUUUGAUCUGACAUUUCUGUUUCUGUCAAAGACUAGAUAAAUAAAAAUGUUGACACUGUUGACAAUGAAUUAGUUGUAAGCCAUAGAAAAUCACUGUCAUCUGAAUUUAAAAAAAUAUUACAAUGGCUGCAAAUAACACAUCAGAUGUGGCUCAAGUGAGCUCAUUACCAUUACCACCUGUUCAAUAUUUUAAUCAGUAUACAGAUGAAAAUAUACGCCGGGGCAGAGCACCACGUCCCCCUUUACCAAUUCAUGAUACAUAUUCAAUGUUUGGUAAUGCAUUCAAUGCAGAUGAAAGUAUUAUACGACCUCUUGAGAGUCAGGGUAUUAAAAGACUGUAUCCACAACAUUUUGAUCGGCGACGUGAAUUAAAAAAGUUAAAUCACUCAUUACUAGUAAAUUUUUUGGAUUUGUUAGAUUUAUUAGUUCAAUGUCCGGAUUCACCACGUCGUACAGAAAAAGUCGAAGAUUUAAGUUUACUUUUUAUUCAUAUUCAUCAUUUAUUGAAUGAAUUUCGUCCACAUCAAGCAAGAGAAACGUUACGCGUUAUGAUGGAAUUACAACGACGUCAACGAAUUGAAACUGCACAUCGUUUUCAGAAGCAUUUAGAUAAAGUUCAAGAUAUUUUACAACAAGCAUUUCAAAAUUUACCAGAUUCUAAAGAUCAAGAUUCUAGAUUAGCUGCUGCGGUUGAAUCGUUUGAUGAAAUGGAUACAGGCGAUUCAAAAGAUGAUAAUGUUGAUGCUUGUCAUAUUUUAGAUAGAAUUAUGUGUAAUAUUAUUGAUUCGAUGUAGUUUGUUUGUAUUUUUAAGUAUAUCAUUAAAACAUUUAUCCGCAA